AUCCUGCUGUUGGCCUGAGCCACAGUGUCCCUGCCCCUCAGAGUCUCUCUAGCAUGAGUGUAAUGGUUCGAGAGUCCACAGAGACAGGUGGAGUGGAGGUGACUUUCCCUCCGCGGACUCCAUAGUUUGGGGCCACACAGAUGUAAUUUUGUUGUCACAUUUUGGUGUCAUUUUGUUGUUCACAAGAAGAAAUCAGCUAGAGCAGGGGCUGAGAAUUGUUCUGUGUCUAACAGGCUGUAAGUACAGGUAGUCUUGAAUGGGUUUUGGAAGGCAGAAGGAGGUGAGGUUGAGAUGAAAUCAGCUCUGAGAAUCAGCUCUGCCCUGCGUAGCCAUCUCACCCCCUCACCACUCGUUCAACCACCGUUCUUGGGAUGGUGACCUGAAGACCUACUAUGUGCCAUGCUAUGAUUUAGACCCUUAGAGUAAUCAGAGACUCAAGCAUAAACUUUCUUACCUUGAGGACUCUUCUUGGAACGAGGAAGAGAGAGUGGAGACAUGAAAGUGCAACUACUCAUUACUUAAUUAGUUAAAAGUUGAGGAGGGGUGAGAUUGAGAAGGGAUUCAAGGAUAAGGAAAGCUGGAGUCAGAUACAGUGUGAAAUUUAAAAUAGAAGGUUCAUUAGGAGAUGUCUGAGGGUCCAGAGGACAGAGAAAGGGCUCAUUUUGUGGAUCUGGAAGAAAAGCAUUCUCCACAGAGGAACAGGAAGUACCAAACUAUGUUCCCUGGCCCCUGUGAACACACUCAGGCACUGACAGAUAAUUAAUGCAUUUGAAGAGCAAAUGACAAGGUCUAGGCAUGGAUGGAAAGAGGGCUGCUCUCCAGUGAGAGGGCUGUCUCUGGUUACCCAGCUAUUAGGUACAUUGAUGAAGCAACAGUGUCCAUUGACUUUUGUAUUUCUCUUUUUCAUUCACAGGAAGAUUGAUGAUCUCUACAUGCCCAAGUUCUACAUUUUCACUGACUACAACCUGAAGAAAAUCCUUCCACACCUGGGCAUCAACAAAGUCUUCUCCUCACAGGCUGGCCUGUCUGGGAUCACUGAGGACAAGGACCUGAGAGUCUCUCAGGAGAACAGAGUAAUGGAUGAGAUCUCCCCAGCUGUCCUCUCCCAACCAGAUGACAUUUUGGGAAGGGACACUGCUGUCCAGGGAAAUCUGAACAACAAGACACCAGUGGACAAUCUAGCACUGACCUCCACCAACACCGACAUUGCCUUCAGCCUCUACAAGGAACUGGCUUUGAAGAAUCCAGAUAGAAAUGUCGUCUUCUCUCCAUUCAGCAUCUCAACAGCCUUGGCCGUCCUGUCACUGGGAGCAAGCAGCAACACCCUGGAAGAGAUUCUAGGAGGUCUCAAGUUCAGUCUCAGAGAGACCCCUGAGGCAGACAUACACCGGGGCUUUGGGCACCUCCUCCACAUGCUCAGUCAGCCAGGCGACCAGGUGCAGAUCAGAACAGGUAGUGCCAUGUUUAUUGAAAAGCACCUACAGAUCCUAGCAGAGUUCAAGGAUAAGGCAAGGGCGCUGUACCAGGUUGAGGCCUCCAUGACUGACUACCAGCAGCCUCAUGAGGCCAAAAAGCUCAUCAAUGACUAUGUGAACAAACAGACCCAGGGGAAGAUCAAGGAACUGAUCUCAGACCUGGAUCAGAGUACAGUAAUGGUGCUGGUGAAUUACAUCUACUUUAAAGGGAAAUGGAACAGACCAUUUGAUCCUCGUGACACAUUCGAGUCUGAGUUCCAUUUGGACAAGAAGAGAUCUGUGAGGGUGCCCAUGAUGAAAAUUGAGGAUCUCACCACACCCUACUUCCGGGAUGAGGAUCUGAACUGCUCUGUAGUGGAGCUGAAGUACACGGGCAAUGCCAGUGCCCUGUUCAUCCUCCCUGACAUGGGCAAAAUGCAGCAGUUGGAAGCCAGCUUGCAACCAGAGACCCUGAAGAAAUGGAAGGACUCUCUGAGGCCCAGGAAGAUCGAUGAGCUCUACAUGCCCAAGUUCUCCAUCUCCACUGACUACAGCCUGGAGAACAUCCUUCCAUCACUAGGCAUCAGGAAAGUCUUCUCCAAACAGGCUGACCUGUCUAGGAUCACAGGAGCCAAGGACCUAAGAGUCUCUCAGGUGGUCCACAAGGCUGUGCUGGAUGUGGCUGAGACAGGCACAGAAGCAGCUGCUGCCACAGGAUUCAAAAUGAUCCCUUCUUGUGCAAAAUUUAUAUCAAUGACAGUCUGUUUCAACAGGCCAUUCCUGAUGUUUAUCUCUGAAACAGAUACUCAGAUGACCCUCUUUCUGGCCAAAAUAUCCAACCCUAAAUGAAGCUAGAGCUUCCCAAGUGGAGAGGCUUCUGUCCAGGAGGGAGCCUGCAUGUGGGUGUGUACAUUCUGCACUCCAUGUUCUGAUUGGCUUUGUAUACCUGGCUUGAACAGUGACCUUGUCUAACUCCAUGACUCCUACAUACACAGGAGCCUUGGACUGUGACCGACAGGCUCUCAGGCCUCUUGGGAGCACUUGCUCAUGUUUCUGACCCUGGAAUCUAUCUUUAUGCCCUCUCCGUUCUCACUCACAUGUAUUUCCCUGUACCCCCAUUGUGGGCACUAUGAGGUAGGCUCAGUCCCAGUAUUGUCUCUAGGCAUAUUGGCCUUCAGCUUCCUUGGCCUUGAUGGGAUCAUGCAAGCUUAUAGGUCAAUCCAUGUAGACCAGGACCAGGACUGAGAAGGGAGAUUGUUGAACUGAAUCUCACUCCUGCAUCUGGUAACUCCUGGUGACAAGUUCUUGCCUUGUACUUUCCCUCUCCAGUCCCUAGGCUCUGCCACCCACCGCCCUUUGCAGCAGAUGCUGGCCAUGCACAUACAUGGCCCACUGUUGGAGCCUUCACUCAUGUUGAGGGGCCAAAUGAUCAGACCAGCUCCUUUCCCCCAGCACUCCUACUUAGGGCACAGUACCCAUUUCCUAGGUUGGCAAAUGACGAAUCUGAAAUGAUUGAUAGACACCUCCAACUUCAUCACACAAAAGCAUGGUUUGGAGCAAAGGAUCAAUAAAUGUAUAAUUCACUCAGCUCCUAUUGGCAGGGGUGUGCCCUCUAGUGACCACAGGGUAGUAGAAAUUGUCACUCAUGCUAUGUGACUCCUGUGAUGGACCUCUGACCUACAUGUUAUUAUCAAUCCUUUUUAUGGAUCAGGAAACUGAGGCACAGAGAAUCUUAGUCAUUUCCCAUUAACUCACAGCUAGACAUUAUAACUGGCUGGAUGUUCUUCAAGUGUCCCUAUGACAGAGGAACAUUUUUCACCAAAUGGGGAUCUGUGCACAGGCAUCACCAUGGUGGUGUGCAGGUGGAUCAUAAAACAAGGCUCUAGAUACUUUACAGAGAGCUCCCAAAAGCACGUAUGGAUCAUGUGACCUCUGUGUUGAGGUCGGAGGAGGAUGAGAAGGUCAUCUCAUGACCAGAAAGAAUGUCUUGGGCAGGGUUCCCAGUAAUGGAGGCAUUUCUAAGAAUCUGAGAGGAAGUGAGUAUUUCGGACAACACAAAAGAAGGAUGGUGGAGAGGAAGAAGUAAUUACAGACACUAGAUGGCAAAGAGCCUUGCUCUGGGAAGAUACUGAAAUUCCUCAGAGCCACAGUAAGCAUAGAAGUGGUUAAUUGGUGUUUGCUGUCUUAGGCAACUUAUUUAUGUGGUUAGAAUGCAGAGAACUGAGUUAUUCAGAGGUCAGGUUGUUAUUGAGGGAAUUUUAUGGAACAGCUGGAGAGGAGAGUUGAUGAUCCAGAUCAAUAGAUGAGUUUCCUUAGUGUGUAGAUGCAGAAGGAGAAGAGGAGGCCUACAUUGGGUUGGGGCACCUGGUAAUCAUUGAGAAUCCUCUGAGCCCGAAAACACAGCCAGCAGCCUGCACGAAGAGGGAAAGUUGAACAUUCAGUAGGACACUUACUUGUGUCUUAAAGAUCCUAAGGAAACUCUUGACAGGUGGCUGUGAGGUCAGCAGAGAUGUGCAGCCUGGUGGGGCUCUCAAAGAACCCCCUUCCCCAAUGAACACCGAGAUACCAUUCCCUGAAGGAUGUGAAGUGAGAGAGAAAAGGGACCCAUCUAUUGAAAGCAAGCAAAUGUCCCAACCAUCUUUCCAACAUAUAGCAGGACAGAAUCUGAGGCAGGGGUACCUAGCAGUACUCCACGGGCAUUGACCCGCCCCAGCUGUAUACCACCAUUUUUCCUGGAUUCAGUGCAGGUAUAUAAGGAGCCUAGUGCUGAAUGCAUCUCAAGCUGACAAGACCUGUCAGUCUGGAACUUGUGGCCAAAGUCUGAGUCCACCUCCUAUGGGAGUCUAGGACCUAGAUAUCAGGGUUCACUUUUCCUCAUUCCCUGCGGGCUGAGGACUCUCUCACUUCUUAGCCAUCAAAUGUUGCCUUGAUGAUGAACUCCCUACAGGGACAGGCCCAGAUUUCAAUGGAGGUAAUGGAAUAUGGAGGGGGAAGGGAGGGGCCUGUAAACUGCAGUUUACUAAGGUUGAAGGCCUGGGAACUCCAUGCUUAGCUCAGGGGUUUCUACAUGUUGAACAAUCACCUUAUAGAAAUAGAAAUGUAAAAACAAUAAGUGGCUAUAUGGUGGGGUGGGGUUGCGUGGUAAUCUAAAAAACACAAUGUACAACAUGCUUCCUUCCGUGCUUCUGCAACAUGACCCCUCAUGUCUAAUAAUAGUCUGACAUUCUG